UCAGAUUUUGAGGGAAAUUUUUAACAUUUUUGAACAAUUUUCGUGAAUUUCGAGAUAAAGAUAACCUUUGAUAAGAGCUAAUUAGCUUCAUUUGCAACUCUCGCCUUCAUUCCCGAUGGAAAAGUAGGCAGAAAAAGUGUAGGAAACUUGGAAAACCGUUAAAAAGCGCGGAAGAUCCCCGAAAAGACCGCGCCGAAACCCCAAAAAAGAGUUUUAAACACCACCGGAUCUCACACGGCACAGAAAUGGACGAAGAGGAGGACGACAUUAUGGAUUUCUUCGACUUUAGUAAACCGUUCCAGCGAACGGUCGUUUCCGGCGGAUACUGUAACGCGGCCGUCGUUCCGGAACCGCUGAAUUCGCACAAAGUGCCGGAAAAAGUGGUGGAGGGAACCGAGUACAGCGUCGGCUUUGCCCGGGCCGAGCAAAACCGGCUCAUCAAGGCUUUUGUUUCUGCGUCGGAGCCGGCCGCCUCGACCGUCAGCGGACUGGACGAUGUCGAAGAGGAUUUGAUGAUGGCGGACGAAGACGCGGAACACUUGCGAAAGCUGCAAUGCCAAGAGCUGAUGGAACCGCUGUUCAGUCGGUACAGGUUCAAAAUGGAAGCCAACAGUCUGCCGAUCUCCGAAGCGAAGCAGAAGGUCGUGGACACGAUCCGCGAGCAUCCGGUGGUGGUGCUGCAGGGGCCGACCGGUUGCGGCAAAACCACCCAGGUACCGCAGUUUCUACUGGAACAGGCGUACAUACGGGGAGAGUACUGCAGCAUCGUGGUCACGCAACCGCGCCGUAUCGCAGCCAUCUCGAUUGCCGAGCGUGUUGCCAAGGAGCGAGGUUGCGAUGUUGGCACCCUAGUAGGCUACAAGGUGGGACUGAAGCAGAAGCUGAGCGACGACACGCGGCUUCUGUUCGUGACGACGGGCGUGCUGCUCCAGUGGCUCAUCAACAGCAAGACGGCACCCCGGUUCACGCACAUCAUCAUGGAUGAGGUGCACGAGCGCGAGGUUGAUAUGGAUUUUCUGCUGAUCAUCGCACACCGUAUGCUGGGCACACGCAAUAAUCAGUUCAAGAUCGUGCUUAUGUCGGCCACGAUCGAUUCCAAGGUCUUCAUCGACUACUUCAAGAUCCCGCAUGCGGAUCAUCUACUUCCGCCGGUCUUACACGUGGCCCGGGAGCAUCCGUACGAGUUGAGCGUGUUCUACCUGGAAGAUUUGGCGUGCUUCCGGGGCGAUUUUCUACCGGAUUACCGGAAACCAGGCAUCAGCGAGGAAAUGUACACGAUCGCGGCGAAGACGGCCUACGCCUGCGAUCAGUACAUCGACGAGUUCGAGGACGAUAGCAAGCGGCUGAAAUUUAAACCAUCGAUCAUCAUGUUUCUGCCAGGCAUCGGCGAGAUCGAUCACAUGGCCAGCGUGUUGAAUGGGUUCCAGCAGGUGCAAGCCAGCAAUGUCGGCCCCAAGCCCGUUCCCAAGUUCCUCAUACUGAAGCUCCACUCGAUGAUGCCCUCGUCGGAACAAGCGGCAGUAUUUAUCAAACCCCCCGCCGGUUUCCGGAAAAUCAUUCUAUCGACAAACAUUGCCGAAAGUUCGAUCACCGUGCCGGAUGUUAAGUUUGUGAUUGACUUUUGUCUUCAGCGCGUUCAAAUCGCCGAUUCGACGAACAACUUCUCUACUCUGACCACACAGUGGGCCCCGCGAAGCAACCUGGAACAGCGUGCUGGACGUGCCGGGCGGCUGAUGAAGGGUCGCGUUUAUCGUCUGAUCGAGAAGAAACACUAUAUGACCGGCAUACCGGCAAUGGCGACACCUGAAAUGACACGCUGUCCACUAGGAACGGUGGUGCUGAAGGCCAAGCUGGUCGAUGAUGGUCCACCACACGCGAUUCUCGGUCUCGCCAUCGAUCCACCCAAUCUGUCCGACAUCUGCAACACGAUACUCCAAUUGAAGGAACUCGGUGCACUGUUUCUUACGACCCGAGGAUCAUAUUCCCCCUACGAUGGUGAUAUGACGUACCUGGGGCGGGUGAUGGCACAGUUACCGAUGGAUCUGCCGUUCGCGAAGCUCGUCGUACUGGGGUACGUGUUCUCGGUGCUGCCCGAGGCCAUCAUUAUAGCGGCGGGCAUGACCGUGAAGAACAUCUUUAACAAUCAGCGCACCCAGAAAGCGUUCGCCUUGAAGAUGCACUGGGCGGAUGGAUCGGGCUCGGAUGGGAUCGCGAUCCUGAACGCGUAUACCGCCUGGCGUGGAAAACAGGAGCAGGGUGCGACGACGGGUGGCAGCACGGCUGAAUGGUGCCACCGGCAUGGGCUAGAGUUGCGCUCUCUGACCGAAAUGGCGGAGAUGGUGCGCGAGAUAGAGCAUCGGAUGAACAUGUGCAACCUUAAGGAAAUUACCGGUCCCAAUCGGGUUGUCUGGAAACCGCGUGAGAAACCCAUCAUUCUCAAGCUGAUCAUGGCGGGAGCAUUCUAUCCGAACUAUUUCCUGAUCAACAGAGUGGCAAAUGAUAACGAUGAGUGUAAAAGAAAUACUUACUCUGAGGUCGGAAACCGUGAUCCGUUCAAUACGGUUUAUCUGAGCGGAUUUGAGCACCGGGCACACAUUGGUCCACUGUAUCGUCAGCAGAUCCGUGAUAUGCUAACGGAGGGCGAUACCUUGAAGCAAUCGGUGAUUAAGGUUGAGUUCGACCGCUCACAAAAUCGUAUCUUUGUCCGUUUCGUCGGUGGUGAUGCGGAACGGUACAAGGUACCGGGUCGAAUUCGGCCGGAAGUAUAUCAUGCCAUAAAGAUGCGAACUCUUAAUCGGCAGGGGGUGCAGCUCCGUGUGAUGCAUCAUGCCGAUGCGGUAAGGGUUGCAACCGAGCUGGGUUUGGGCCGUUGGCAGAACAACGAUUGGGUACCAAAGCGACAGCCCCUCGCAAAUCCACACCUGGCCGUGAUGCCGCUGGUACACUGUGCCCGCCUGCGAGCUACCGUGACGUACGUUUGCAAUCCGAGCAAAUUCUUCCUGCGUCCUCUCGAUCGCAACGUACAGUUGUUCGAGGAAAUCGAACAGCAAAUGAAUGCCACUAACCACUUCCAACCAUUCCCGCGUGAUCAUCAAUUCCAUCGCCACGAACUGGUGGCCGCUCCGAUCCAGCAGCGAUACCGUCGAGCGCAGCUCGUUGCCGAGUACGAUCGCACACUCGCUCCCAACCGGCGCUCGUGGACGGUGUUCUUCCUGGAUCAUGGUUCCACCGAGAAGCUCGAGGUGUCCACGUUUCGUCAACUUCCACCCAAGCUCUGCCAACUACCGGGGCAAGUGUUUCAGGCUUCACUCGCCGAGGUACAACCGUGUGCGGCUAAAUCACCGACGGGAAUCUGGUUGAAGGAGAGCGCCGCUUUCCUAAUGAGCAAGACGCAAGGUGUGAAGCUGGACGUAGAGGUAUUUUCCGUGGUGGAUCGUAUUGCAAACGUCGUGCUGCGCUGCGGCAACUUUGGUGAGGAGCGCACCAUCAACGAGCAGCUGAUCGAGGCGAAGUUGGCCCAAUCGUCCGAAGAGUCGUACCCGUCGAAGAUAAACCACGAGAUGCGUACCCGGGUCCAGCGUCAUAUUGAGCUGGAUGAGCAGUAUCGUAAGGAGAUCCUCGCUGAUGAGUCGGAACUGCUGCGAUACGUCGAGGAUGACGAUGAGGAGAUCGUGGAACCACCGCCGGAAUUGUUGCGCAUUACGCUGUCACUUCGGGGCCCGUAUAGUCCGCUGGAGACGCGCUGCUAUUCGUCGAUGGCAUCGAGCUUCCUGAAGGCGGUCAGCAUCGAACAGGAUUCCGUGAACUCGGUUCUGCUGGAGUCCAAUCCACAGGAUACGCACGAGAAGAUGGUGAUCGCGACGGGCAUCAACGAGAAUCCGACCAGCCAGAAGCUAACCAUUCGCCAGACGACCAUAAUGCCAAACAUUCCCGGUAUACCGGCCUUGAUGACGCUCAUUUUUUCCCGCCAGUGCGUGCUGAAGAUAAACGAUGAAGGAACGCGUGUCUGCGGAGUGUUGAGCGGGUUGGGCUACGAUCCAAAGAGUGGUCAAUCGUACUAUCCCGAGCAUGACCUGUCGCUACCGGUGGAUGUGGAGAUCUCCCAGGAUGACAUUACUGAUAUCAAUGCUCUCCGCUACAUAAUGGAUUCGAUACUGCAGUCGGGACGCAAUGAAAAUACUACCAUGUUUUCCAGUCCCACCCAUAGCCUACUGGUAGGCAAGGUUAAGGAGUACAUUCUCAAAAUCCUACAACGCGACAGACCGCUAACGGUGGCUAGCUUUGUGCAGAAUUUCGAAUGGCUGUCGCCACGCGAUCAAGGGGCCGGUAGCUCGAACAAGCGUAGGGCGCUAGAUACGCCCACUGUGUACAAUUCUCCACUAUUUCCGAUGCAUCCGCCGCUUACCAUACAACCGGUCAAGACGAACCGUCUCGAGUUCCUUCAAAUGCACUGUACUGAGCUGCAUAGGCUGGCACAGAUAGCAAUUAAACUGCCAAACGGAGGUAUUACCUGCAAGCUGUGCGAUGUGACGCUGGAAUCGCAGCAUGCCAUACGCAUUCACCUGUACUCCAAGCUGCAUCGUGAUCAGGAACAUCAAAUCGGCUAUCAGCACUGAUGUGGACUUGGCGCCGGAGGCCUUUGUUCAGUUACCCUUCGAUGACG